GUGUCAAUGUCAUGUUAUAUAUAUAUAUAUCAUUGAGUGCAUCAACAUUGUUAUAUUGAUCACCAAUCACGAAAACAAAGGCCAACCCGGAGAGAGAUCAUGGAUUCAAAAAAAAGAAAAAUUAAUGUCCUAAUGCUACCAUUUUUGGCCCAUGGUCACAUAACUCCAUUCCUAGAGCUAGCCAAGAAACUCGCACACAAAAACUUCUACAUUUACUUGUGUUCCACACCAAUCAAUCUCAACUCCAUCAAGAAAAGAAUCACAGACAAGGACUCUCUCUCCAUUGAAUUAGUAGAAAUCCACCUUCCAUGCUUGCCUGAGCUUCCUCCUCAUUACCACACAACCAAUGGCCUCCCAAUCCAUCUCAAUUCCACCCUCCAAACAGCCUUUAAGAUGGCUAGCCCAAGCUUCUCCAACAUCCUCAACACACUAAGCCCAGACCUUCUUAUUUAUGACUUCAACCUGCCUUGGGCACCGACCAUUGCCUCCUCCUAUGAUAUUCCGGCAGUUGAUUUCAUGCCUGUCGGAGUUUCGAUGGCGACUUUCUCCCUUCACAAGUUUAUGAAAGGAGGCGAUGAAUUUCCAUUUCCAAAAAUUCAGCUUCGGGGAUUCCAUGAAACGCAGUUUUGGAAUUUGAUCAACAAGAUUGCUGUAGACAGAACCAAAAACAAAGAGGGUUCUGUAGAGGCCAUGCAACGAUCUUGCAACAUUAUUUUGUUCCACACUUUCAGAGAGCUUGAGGGACAGUAUGUUGAGUAUUUGUCGGCUUUAGCUGAGAAGAAGAUUGUCCCUGUUGGUUCACUGGUUCGAGACAUUGAUGAUGAGGACGAGAACACUGAGAUAAUGGAAUGGCUUGACAACAAGGAUGAGUCCUCCACUGUGUUUGUUUCCUUUGGGAGUGAAUAUUUUAUGUCCAAGGAAGAGAUUGAAGAGAUAGCUCAUGGUCUCGAGUUUAGCAAUGUCAACUUCAUAUGGGUUGUUAGGUUUCCUAUGGGAGACAAAGUUGUGCCUGAAGAAACAUUGCCAAAUGGGUUUAUUGAGAGGGUAGGAGAGAGAGGAAGGGUUGUGGAGGGUUGGGCUCCACAGCCAAGAAUUUUGGCCCAUUCAAGCACUGGUGGCUUUGUGAGUCACUGUGGAUGGAAUUCAAUAAUGGAAAGUUUAAAAUUUGGGGUUCCAAUUGUAGCAAUGCCAAUGCAUUUGGACCAGCCAUUGAAUGCUAGACUGGUGGAGGAGGUUGGUGUGGCUGUGGAGGUCAACAGAGACAUCAAUGGCAGACUCAAUAGAGAAAACAUAACACAAGUAAUAAGGAAAGUUGUGUUGGAGAAAAGUGGGGAGGAUAUAAGAAUUAAAGCAAGAGAAUUUAGUGAGAUGAUAAGAAUGAAAGGAGAGGAAGAGAUAGAUGAGGUGGUAAAAGAGUUGCAUCAGCUUUGUAAGUGGAAAUAAUGUUUGGGUGAUUAGAAUAGUUUUAAAGAUGCUUUGAUCUGGUUUGAUGCUUUUUAUUUUUAAGAAUUAUUGUCAUUUCUAAAUGUUUCCACAUACUAUAUGAGAAUGUUGAGUGUUUUAUACCA